AUGCAACCCCAACUUUCUAUUGGCACAUUGAUUGACGACCUUGAAAUCACUCGAGUGCUUAACAUUGGCGCCUAUGGACAAGUGUAUCUUACACGCAAUAUCUAUACAUUCAAGCGAUAUGUUAUCAAAUCUUUACCUCACAUUGGUCUUGACUCUCGCCAACUUGCUUUCCAGAGAAACGAAAUCACGUUGCACUCGCAUCUUUCCGACCAUCCGCACAUCAUCCGACUUGAAAAAGUAGUACAGACACCAGAAUACACACACGCCAUUCUUGAAUAUGGAUCUGAAGGCGAUUUAUUCUCAGCCAUUACAGAAAAGGGUCUUUAUUACGGCCAGCAUGAUCUGAUUCGAAAUGUCUUUUUACAAUUAAUUGAUGCUGUCCGAUACAGUCACCAACACCACAUUUUUCACCGAGACUUAAAGCCUGAAAACGUCUUGGUCUUUGACGGUGGCAAGACUGUCAAAUUAGCUGAUUUUGGGUUGGCAACCACAGACGCUGUUUCUAUGGAUUUUGGAUGUGGAUCUACUUUUUAUUUCUCACCUGAAUGUCAAGGCGGUUUAGAUGGCGCCAAACGAGUUGGAUAUGCAACUGCUCCUAAUGAUGUGUGGGCACUUGGCAUUAUCCUCAUUAACUUGUCAGCAGGACGCAACCCCUGGCGCCUUGCUUCUUUAGAAGACGAGACCUUUUGUGGAUUUCUUCAUAAUCCCAACUUGCUCUUAAAGAUUCUGCCUGUCUCUAUGGAACUCAACAAGAUUCUAAAGCGUAUUUUCUGUCUAGAUCCUCACCGCAGAAUCACACUUGAUGAACUUUAUCUACGCAUUCAACGUUGUACUCAUUUCACCCGUACACCUGAAGUAGCUCGCCAAGAAGCCAUGAUGUUGAUCAAGAAGAAACAAAAGAUGAUGAUGAAAAUUCAAUUGCCCAGUGCAUUGGUUCCUCAGCAUGACUUACCUUCCCCUCCCGAUACACCCAAUACAGACAACAGAUCUCUCUAUUCAGAUAGUACAAUUCCAUUCGUUGACAAAAAAGGAGGUACUCAUCUAGACCCUUAUAUUCAGGUAGUCUAG